AUGUCAGAAGAAGACGAAGAUAAGAAGAAAGAUCCUACAUCUAGACCAUACAAAUGUCCUCUUUGUGAUAAGGCGUUCCAUCGGCUCGAACAUCAGACCAGACACAUUCGAACUCAUACUGGUGAAAAACCUCAUGCUUGUACCUUCCCGGGGUGUUUCAAACGAUUCAGUCGAUCUGAUGAGUUAACCAGACAUUUACGAAUCCAUACCAACCCCAACUCCAGACGUAAUAAGAACUUGAACAAACAUAAUAUCAACUAUACUAAUAAUCCAUCCAAUAUAGAUGAUGAAACAGGAGAUGUUAUCCCUGUUAGCUCACACAGUAAUUCCACUAACUCCAUUAACUCCACUAGUAAUUCACCAACCACUACUAACACAAGUCCUAAACGAAAAUCAGUGAAAAAGUCUCUAUCUGCUUCUAAGAUGCCCUCACCACCACUUCAAGAAGUUAAAGAAGAAUUAUCUAAACACUCAUCCAACUUCUCCACCAGUACACUUCGAUCCCUGAAUUCCAGUGAAGAUGAAUUAAUGGUGGGCCAUACUCCUCCUAGUGACUCGGAGAAUUUGGUAAAAGUAGAGUCUCAUCCACAAAGACUUAUUAAGAAUAUCGAUAUACUUGCCAGUGCAGCUUCUGAAGAACUUCGUCAUCUUGAAAGUCAGAAUUCAAAUUCCAAAUCCUUACCGUCUCUUACCGACUUUUUUGGUGGAGCUCCUUCGGCCAAGACUCAUCAUUAUAUGACAUCACAUAAACCAUUAUUUCAUAUUGAUAAUAAUAGUAGUAAUAACCUUCAAUACUUAUCCAGCAUUGCAGCGCUUAAUCAUGAUCAACUCAAAUCCAAAUCCGCCAUAAAACUUACAAGUCUUUCAUCUUUACAACGUAUGACUCCCCUCCAUCAUCCCGAACCCAGAUCACAUGGACUUGAAGAGUCUGAUCUUGAUUAUGUUCAACAACGUCUAAAGAAAUCUCGUCCUAACUCGCCAAAUCCCAAACCAUUCACCCUCCCUAAUUCGCCAAUACUUGGGAUGUCGUCUAACAAUACUCCCAUAAUUUCUGCCAAUAAUAGUUCUACCAAUUUACUGCUGCUUGUAAUGACUCCAGCAUUCCGUACUUCGAGUAUGGAACAUCCGUCGUACUUUAAUGGAGCUCAUUCGACUAAUUCCCAUACUAAUUCCAAUCAAACUCCAGGGACUCCACCGGUUCAUUCCAACUUACAAACGCCUAAAUUGUCACCAUCAACAGAACAUAAAGAGCCACAACCAUUACCAUCGAUUAGAAGUCUAAACUUGGCUCUUCCUACGGACUCUGUAUACUUUCAGCAGCCCAAUAAUAAUCAUUUGUCUAAUUAG